AUUAACUGCGUUAAACUUAGCAAAAAUGGUUAUGCCAGGAAUGACAUGGAAAACCUUAAAAAAAAAUCCAUCGUUAAUACCAUUAUUUGCUGUAUUAGGUUUAGGUCUAGGUGGGGCAAUAUUUUAUCCAUUAAGGUGUGCGAUAAAAUCACCUGAUGUAACAUGGAAUAGAAUAAAAAAUCCAGAGCCUUGGAAUGAGUAUGAAAAUAAAGAUUAUAAGUUUUACAAAACUAAGGAACAAGAAAAAAUUUUUAAACAAUAAUCAUACUUAAUAAAAAAAGUAACAUUGAAUUUAGAGAAGCUAUCGGCAGUCAUUAUCAAUAUAGUAACAUUAGAUUGAAACAAUUAAAACAAACCACUAACUACAUUUAUUUAUGUACAAUGAUAUGUAAACAUACUUUUGUAAAUGUGCUUAUCAUCAUACAAUUAUAAAAUUUCUUUGUGAAAUUUAUUAUUUUAUAUAAACAAUUAGUAUAAUAAUUUGUUCCUUUACG